CUGUGUACAGUAAUGUGGCAGGAGUUUUGUUAUUCUCAGGUUGUUGAGCUUCCAGUAGGUGAAAUGUUUCACAUGAAAGGUAAUGAAGAGAAGAGUGGCAGUCUGACAAACCUGUUUGUGGCGCGGAUCACCAUCAACAAGGGAGAGGAAGAUGAACUAGAUUGCCGUGGUUACACUGCUGACUCAGUGAAGACGUUCAUAUUUUACAUCCUGGUCCUGUUGACCGGUGGUCUCCUGCUGCUAGUCGUCAACUGGAAACCUGAGCUGCACUGCUACCUCAAGAAACGCGUGUGUGCACUCUACUGCGCGGAGCUUGUCUUGAUUAAAGACAAGUUUGGCAAUGCCGCCGUUAUUCCAGUCCAGCUUAUAAAUGAAGAAGAUAUUAGAACUACUGAAUUUGCGGCGAACUCUUACCAUGGUGUGGAUGCGUACCCAGACGAGUCUGACACAGCGGUUCUCACCAUGGAGUACAGCCAGCCUGUCAGGUUCUUCGAGCACCAGCACACGCGCUACUUCUGGGACCACAGUCGCUGUACUUUUAACAGAAUUGAAGACUUGUCGACCAACGUCAAGUGUGUCACCAUUCAUGACGAGUAUCACGGGAUCACAGAGGUCGAACAGAAACAAAAACUUCUGCUGCAUGGACCAAACUCCAUUGAUGUGGAAGUGAAGAGUUACUGGCGACUCUUCAUAGAGGAGGUCCUGAAUCCGUUUUACAUUUUUCAAGUUGUCAGCAUCAUUCUGUGGGUGCUAGACGAGUAUUACUACUACUCGGCGGCCAUCUUCUUUAUCUCCGUCGUCUCCAUAUCGAUAUCACUCUAUGAGAUGAAACGGCAAAGUGUCAGCCUCCGUAACAUGGUCAGUACCAGCACCACUCACUCCACAGUGUGUCGGAAAGGACAAAAGCUGGAGGAGAUCUCUACUCGUGACCUCGUGCCAGGUGACCUCAUUGCGAUUCCCGCUCACGGCUGUGUGAUGACCUGUGAUGCGGUUCUUGUAGCUGGGACCUGCAUCGUCAACGAGAGCAUGCUGACAGGUGAGAGUGUUCCAGUGACGAAGACUCCGCUCUCCCACCAGGAGGAUGAGGAGGUGUACAGUCCGUUACUCCACAAACGUCACACGCUCUUCGCCGGGACUCACAUCGUUCAGACGCGAUACUACGGGACCGCCAAGGUGAUGGCUGUCGUUGUUAGAACAGGCUUCAACACGGCCAAGGGAAGUCUGAUCCGAGGAAUCCUCUUCCCGAAGCCGCUCGGUUUCAAGUUCUACCAGGAUGCGAUGAGAUUCAUUCUCUUCCUGGCGGGAAUUGCUGUUAUCGGGAUGAUCUACUCACUGAUUAUAGAAAUACUAAUGGGGGCUAAGCCAGCCAAGAUUGUUCUGCGAUGUCUAGACAUCAUCACGAUCGUUGUCCCCCCAGCCCUGCCAGCGGCCAUGACAGUGGGGACGGUGUAUGCACAGAGUCGGUUGAAAAAGAGUGGAAUAUUCUGUAUCAGCCCACCGCGAAUCAACUUCUGUGGACGAAUCAACACGUUCUGUUUUGAUAAGACUGGCACCCUGACUGAAGAUGGGCUGGACAUGUGGGGCGUGGUCCCAGCCUUGAACCAGUGUUUCCAGGACGCAGUGCGGGAUGUCAGACAUCUACCACAGGAAGCGAUACUGGUGUGCAUGGCAACGUGUCACUCACUGACCCUCAUAGACGGGGAGAUGAACGGUGACCCACUUGAUCUCAUCAUGUUCAACUCGAUUGGCUGGACCCUGGAAGAGCCUGGACAGGACACGACUAAAUAUGACACUCUGAUGCCGACCAUCGUAAAACCGUGCACCAGGCGAUCGUUCCACGAGGACAACGAACCGUUUGAGGUUGGCAUCGUGCGACAGUUCCCGUUCUCGUCGACUUUACAGCGCAUGACGGUGAUCACGCGCACUCUGAGACUCGGCCACAUGGAGGUCUACUCUAAAGGCGCACCCGAGAUGAUUGCCUCCCUUUGUGUGCCAGAAACAGUGCCUGAAAACUUCCAUCCAAUGCUGCACAAAUAUUCUGUGCAGGGAUUCAGAGUUAUUGCCCUUGCUUACCGCUCUCUAGAUUCAAAAGUCAACUGGCACCAAGUUCAAAGAAUUUCAAGGGACAAGGUCGAGCGUGACCUCACAUUCCUCGGUCUGCUGGUUCUACAGAAUCAACUCAAACCUCAGACGGGUCCGGUGAUCCGUGCUCUGCGGGCCGCCAAUAUCCGCACAGUGAUGGUGACAGGCGAUAUGACGCACACAGCUAUCAGUGUUGCGCGGAACUGUGGCAUGAUCCCCAUGACGGACCAGGUGUGCAUCGUGACCGCGUACCCCCCCGACAGAGACAGCUCCGCGCGGGUCGAGUGGGAGUACGCAGAACUGCCCUCCGAUGACACAGAGAACGAACAGUUUGAAUCAGAGUUGGCCAACGAAGAUAACAACUCCUCCUCAUCCUCCACCCACCUCCUGUCUACACCCAAUGUCAAGCGACUUCUCCCUGUCAAGGCGUACCAAGCUUUAAGUUCUUCCGACCCCGAUCAGAGAUAUCACCUGGCUGUUAGUGGGAAAUCUUUCGCAACAAUUCAUGCUCACUUUCCAGAACUGUUAUCAAAGAUCUGUGUGAAAGGAACCGUGUUUGCACGGAUGUCACCCGACCAAAAGUGUCAACUUAUUGAACAUUUGCAAACUAUAGGCUACAUUGUUGGUAUGUGCGGGGACGGAGCUAACGACUGUGAGGCCCUGAAAGCUGCCCAUGCUGGUAUAUCUCUGUCGGAGGCCGAGGCAUCUGUGGCUGCUCCAUUCACCUCCCGCAUCCCUCACAUCGAGUGUGUUAUCACAGCCAUCAGGGAAGGUCGCGCUGCCCUGGUCACGUCGUUUGGUUGCUUUAAAUACAUGGCUCUCUACAGCUUUAUCCAGUUCGCUUCCGUUCUCAUCUUGUACACUUUUGGUGCGAACCUGUCAGAUUUUGAAUUUCUCUACAUUGACUUGAUCAUCACUCUGUCCAUCGCAGUGCUUAUGGGUUACACAAAGGCGUACGACCAGCUUGUGGGUAAGAAACCGCCGGGCAGUCUGGUGAAGGUUUCUAAUCUGGUGUCCAUCGUCAUGCAGGUGGUGCUAGUGUUCAUCUUCCAGGUGACCGCCUAUCUGUUCCUGCGAUCACAGAGCUGGUAUGUGGAGGCUCCAGCUAACAAGGACCUCAACAAUGUGAACUCGUGGGAGAGCACCGUCAUCUUCCUGGUGUCUUCGUACAUGUACGUCGCAGUCGCCUUCUGUUUCUCCAAGGGACCGCCGUUCAGAAAACCCAUCUGGACGAACUACCCGUUCCUCAUCGACAUCCUCAUCCUGUUCGGCUUCUCGACAUUCCUCUUGAUGUACCCGGUUCAAGCUGUGGAGGACUUCUUUGAGAUGAAACCACUUCAUGAGAAGCCGAUGACAUUCCGUCUGUAUCUGUUUGGGUUAGCUGUCGGCUUCGCGGUCGUGUCAAACAUCUUAGAGGUUAUAAUAGUGGAGAGUGCACUACUCAAACCUCUCUACAGAGCCUGUAAGAGGAGGCAGAAAACACUCACAUACAAAGCUAUUCAAAAACAGUUGAACACUUCCGAUUGGCCACCAGUGGGUCAGGUGACUUUCCCAACAACCAAUGGCUGUGAAAAUGUUAAUGACAUUCACAUUGUUAUGGACUCGGAGAGAGCAGUGCAUUGACAGCCAUUGUGGCAGUUUAAUUAUGACUGUAUAUUUUGCCUUUGUUCAUCCUAGCAGCUUAAAAUGGCUGGCUCAAGUUGUAUAAUAACCAAAACGACAUAUAAAAAUUUGUUUUGGUUUUGAGAUAUACCGGUAAAGUUUUAUUCAUAGAUUAUUAUUUUUUAAUUGUAAAUGUUAGAGGGUGAUCAACAGGUUAAAGUCACUGUUGUGAGUUUGUUGCCAAUGGUAACAUGUUGCCGACUAACAGAGACAUUUUAACGAACACGCUUACAACAGUCAGUUAGAACGAACUGAUUGUAAAGUCUCUUUUCCCCCUAUAUAGUAUUAAUACAUUUUAAUGUAUAGAAUGAACUAUGUAUAGUGAAUUAACUGUUAAAACGAACCAAUUUGUUAGUCAAAUUUUUUUAAUUUCAGUGUAAAUUAGUGUAUAUACAGCGAACCGAUCAUAAUUUUUUGAAAUCAUAUUUGUAUCUUAUCAGUCAGAAGCAUUAACGGCAAUGCAUCCAAAAUGACUUCACUGAUAUUGGUGAUAAUAAAUUAAAUAUUAAAACAAAAAACCUACUAAUUCUUGUGUUUAAAUUUGAAAAAUCCAAAUUGGCCGACUUCCUGAAUAAAAACAGUUAACUUCUGCCAAUGUAUAUAACGAAUUACUGCUAUAACGAACCAGUGUGUCUGGUAUCUUGCAGUUUGAGUACUUUACUCUAAAUACAUUUGUUUUAUAAAACAUCAGUGGCUGUAUAUCAAGUGUGUUUCUCAUCGUCCUUGUGUUUGUACAAGAUUAAACUUCAUUGUAUUUACUAAUAUAUAUAGAAUAGGUAGUUAAUGAUGUUGGAUACCUGCUUUAUCCUGUGAAGGUAAGAAUUGGAAAUUCUCAUUCAGUCUGAACAGGAUAAAGCAGAUAUCUGACGUCAUUAACUAGCUAUUAGCUUUAUCCUGCAGACCAUAAAAAUUAAGGGGAAAAAGCAAUUAUUUCUGUUAUUUCAGCCACAUUGUAUGAUGACCUGGAGGUCAAAUGAGCGAUUUUGUAAUAUAGCUAUGCAUGUGAUGUCACAUGAGUGACAUAAAAAAUCAUAUCCUACUAGUAGCAGGAUAUGACUGCUUUAUCCGUCAUCAUAUUCUGUCCAUAGAAACGGUGCUUGUAGGAUAAAUGUUUUUCCGUAUAUACAAACUUAUUGUGAAACCAAAUCCAUUUUGGGCUAUGUACAAUAUUAGGAUGACCACAAACACAUUGAAUGUACAGACACUGAUAUUUCGAAACAAGAAACUAUUAAAUCCUGCUACAAAGGUGUUUUUUGUAAAUAGUUUCUGUUUGGUCUGAUUCAGGAAGAAAAGUAAGUGUUUUGGAAAUGACCCAAAACUACUAUAUUUGUGUGCAAUUUAGAAAACAAUCGGCUCAGAAAUAAAUAACGUAGUAAAUUCCAUAUUAUGAAAAAAGAGGUCCCUGUGGGACGGAUUAUAAGUAUGUAAUUUUAGUCAAUAAAAGAUUUUACUAGUCGACAUCUUACAAUGGCAGUAGUCUCCGGACAGUCUCGUUAACUUGUGACAGUUUGAGUUUGAAUUGGUCUCAACUCGGACAUAACAUAGCCUGCUGUUCUGAUAGAUAUAUGGGACAGACUUGUAUGUACCUGCUGUUUGUAGGCAGAAAUAGUUACGGUUACAGCCACUGUUUACGCCACGUUGCAGCUCAUUACUAUUUUCAUAUCCUUGAGUUAAUUAUGCAUGGAUUAUGUGGGGAUCAGUUAAUUUGUAUUAUUUAUUACAAAUGAAUGUAAAGUGUUAAAAAUAUGAAAUGUACAACCAUGAUACAGCACUUAUAAUACUCACAGGGUGGGACAGAGCCCAGUGGUAAAGCGCUCACCUGAUGUGCGGUCAGUUUACAAUUGAUUCCCGUCGGUGGGCCCAUUGGGCUAUUUCUCGCUUUAGUCAGUGCACCACAAUUGGUAUAUCAAAUGCUGUG